GGGCGCUGCCGGCGGCGCGGAGCGGCGAGCGCGGGCUGAGAGCAGGAGCGGGAGCAGGAGGACGAGGAGGAGGAGGAGGAAGGCGCCGCGGGAGGCAGAUGCCUGUAGAGACUUCGUUGGUUCGCCUCAGACCUAUGUGACUCUGGGGGAAGGAUCAUGACUGAAGUCCUUCUCUCUGCUGCUCUGAAUGGAACUGAACCCAACCUGUUAUCCAGCAGCGGCUGGUCUGUGGGAAACGUCACCACCAAGUGUUCUCUGACCAAAACUGGCUUCCAGUUCUAUUACCUGCCCACCGUCUACAUUCUGGUCUUCAUCACUGGGUUUUUGGGCAACAGUGUGGCCAUCUGGAUGUUUGUCUUCCACAUGAGGCCUUGGAGCGGCAUCUCGGUUUACAUGUUCAACCUGGCAUUAGCCGAUUUCUUGUAUGUCUUGACUCUGCCCGCCCUCAUCUUUUACUACUUCAACAAAACAGACUGGAUCUUCGGAGAUAUCAUGUGCAAGCUGCAGAGGUUCAUCUUCCACGUGAACCUGUAUGGCAGUAUUCUGUUCCUGACCUGCAUCAGCGUGCACAGGUACACGGGAGUGGUGCACCCCCUGAAGUCGCUGGGGAGGCUGAAGAAGAAGAACGCCAUGUACAUCAGCAGCCUGGUCUGGGUCCUUGUGGUGGCCGCCAUUUCUCCAAUACUCUUCUACUCGGGAACGGGGAUAAGGAAAAAUAAAACCAUAACGUGCUAUGACACAACGGCCGAUGAUUACCUGCGAAGUUACUUCAUUUACAGCAUGUGCACCACAGUGCUGAUGUUCUGCAUCCCCUUCAUAGUGAUUCUUGGUUGCUAUGGGCUCAUCGUGAAAGCUUUGAUUUACAAAGAUUUGGACAAUUCUCCUCUCAGGAGAAAGUCUAUUUACCUGGUUAUUAUCGUGUUGACGGUCUUUGCCGUGUCCUACCUUCCCUUCCACGUGAUGAAGACCUUAAAUCUAAGGGCCAGGGUGGAUUUUCAGACUCCAGACAUGUGUGCCUUCAACGAUAAGGUUUAUGCCACUUACCAAGUGACGAGGGGCCUGGCCAGCCUCAACAGCUGCGUCGACCCCAUCCUUUACUUCCUGGCAGGUGACACCUUCCGAAGGCGGCUUUCCAGGGCCACCAGGAAAUCGUCCAGAAGGAGCGAACACAACGUGCAGUCCAAAAGCGAGGAAAUGACUCUCAAUAUUUUAGCAGAGUAUAAACAGAAUGGAGAUACCAGUUUGUGAACAAAUGUGGAAGAUUUGGGAGCAGUUUGAAAAAAUCCUCCGCUUUGAGGCAGUAGGAGACUGUAGGGCUACAAGUGUGUGAGGAAAAUCUACCAGUCUCAAAUUCCUUUUAGGUAAAGCCUCAUUUUCUGAUCUUAGAAAAAGCUUAACAAAGUCAGUGGAAGGAUUCUAAUGGAAAAUAACGUGUCAAAAUUCAGCUUUCCUUCAAUAGUCUCAUUUCUUUCUGACUUGUGUCAGAUAAAGUAAAAUGAAUAAAUCCCCUAAAGGAGGAAAGCAAUCCAAGUGCUUCUAGUUUAAUGACUUAGUCUCCCACGUUCAAAAAUGUUCUCAGUCAGCCUGUCUUUAAAAAUAGGAAAUAAAAAUAAGAGCAGUAUCUUGUCUUCUGAGGCUCAGUCACAGCCUUUCGCUGUUGUACACAAGGAUUUAAAUGAGAGUCACGAUGCAGUUAUCAUUUACAGUUUUAUUAUUUCUAGUGCUGAUAAUUAUUUGGUAGUUUGGUGGCAUUUAUGGUUCAGUCCUCUUUCAGUGCCGGUGUUUUACUAAAGGUAGGCUUACUGGUGUGUGCAUGGUUGUGCUUUUGGAUGGUUGUUCACGACAAGUCUGGACCCCCUUAGAGGCCGAGGGCUGGCGGGUGAGGUGACCCCUGGGGCACUUGCAGACGGGCCCCCCAGGGCUGUGUGUUGGUGAGCAGAGGUGUGUGGAGGUGCCCUGCCCCUGAGCCCAGGGUCCCUCCCUGCUUCGUGCCAGGGUGGCCAGAGGGGCACGGACUGGGCUGGCCGGGGAGCGCGGGGCGAGCCUGGCCCAGAGGCUGCCACAUCCCACCGUGCCCGGCCCAGGGGCUGCCAGCAUCCUGCCUGCCCAGCCCAGGGGCUGCCAGCAUCCUGCCUACCCGGCCCAGGGGCUGCCAGUGUCCCUCCGUGCCCGGCCCAGGGGCUGCCAGCAUCGGAGCCCUGCAGAGCUCUGUGCAGGGAGAAGUGGCUGUGCUGGAAAUACCUGACCCUGCCAGGCCAGCACAGGACAGGUGCUCGAGUUACCUGCCUUUGGUACGAGAAUGGUUCUGUUCCUGCAGUCUGUACAGACAACACAAGAGUUGUUUCCCAAGAAAUAUAAUGAUUAAAAUGGAUAAUAUAAAUGGAAUAUAUAUAUAUAUUAUAUAUAUAUAUAUAUAACAGUAAUUGGGGGAGGGAAUGAGUUUUUUUGUACUUUGGCACAUAAAUUACUGUAUUAACAUGUUGUGAUAUACUAAGGACUAAAUCCAGCCCUUUACUGUAGAUCUUCUCCAAAUGUGGAAUAGUUCAUCCAAAAUUAGCCAAACUGCAAUAUUGUGUAACAUAAGAGCUAGUGAUCAGGCACAGACGAAAUCUUACAUGGGCAGUCUCACUCGUUUCUCAUGUUUUUAAUAAAUGUAUUUGAAAAUAUUUUGUGCUGAAAGCGUUAUGAAAGCAUGCUCUGAAUUAUGAAUUUAGUGUACGAAAUAAGGUUCUGUGUAAUCCUAAGGGUGAUUUGUUCCUCCAGUCUUCAUAGUAAGAGUAAAAUACUUAUAUUUUACUUACCAAUUUUCAGUGGUUGGUAACAAACGAGAGUAGCUCUAGUUAUUUUUUGACAACAUUGUAAAGCAGCUUCUGUUCACAAGUACGGCUUCAUCUGCAGAAUCCCUAUUUAUUGAACUUAUUUAUUAGAAUGCUAAAUGUAAAGUAUGUAAAGUGUGGUUCUCCGUGAUCAUAUUCAGAAUUGGGCAUUAAUGGAAAAUUGAAGAGCAUGUUUCAAUCACUGUAAUAAUAAUGUGUCUUUUAACAGAACAUCUUUAUAAUAAACUUGAUUCCACCCUGA